AUGGCGGUGGUCGAUCUCCUGCCAUUGCUCGUGAUCGUCCUCGCUGCGGGCUCGGCCGCGGCUGACUCUAUCCACGGCUGCGGUGGGUUCGUACAGGUGAGCGAUCCCGGGCGUUCGGAUUUUUGCUGGUGAACAGUGCCGUAAAUUUGAGGUGGAGGACGGCAGUCCGUUGAAAAGGUCUGAAUUUUGUUCCGCAUUGGUGGCGUUUAAUUUCGUUUUGACCAGGCGAACCAGGCUCUGAUCAAAAGGAGGAAGACUUCGGAGGCGAAACUGGACUACUCGCACGUGACGGUAUGGUUCAGUCUGGGAAACGUUUUCUGCUUCUCUCUGUCCGCAGAGAAUGGAAAACACUGCCUUUAUUCUUCGCCUAAAAUAACUGAUUGGAUACAUGAAAGUAAUUUCUCGUAGCCCAACCAGCCGAAUGAUUGUUUAAUGAUAUCAGUUCAUUUUUUUUUCAUCUGUUGUCUUUAAUUUUAAAAUUAGGAUCAGAAGAUCGUCAUGAACUAGAGAAUCAUGGAACAUGAUAUAAAGGCAUCAUAAUUGUCACUAUCAUUUGAAUGUUUUCAGUUAAUCGUUUGAGGAAAACAUCUCAGAACUAAUCAUUAUCAGAAAGCCAGUCAAUCCCUAUGAAAGACAACUUUUUUUCUUGAUGCAACACGAAGAUACUGGGAUUUUUGUUCUUAGUGAGAUAUCAGCUUACCUUAAUGCUUUGUCUCAUUGCAUUUUUUACUUUACUGUACUUGAUAAUUAUUAAUUGGGGGAUAAUUUUUCAUUACAUGCUAGCUUUGCUGACCAUACUUGCCUCAAAGAAAACAUGUUUGCGGUAUGACUAUUAUUUUUAAAAAAUAUGUGCACCGCUGGCAGACAACUAUUUGUGCGAUAUAUUUUGCACAUGAGAUCGUGGCAUCAGAUUCCAUCGUUUGUGGGUAACAUUGGCCAUUUGACGAGAAAACUGUCAUGGAGUCUGUCAUGGCCUUUUUUUUGUUGCAUAAAUGUUCAUUUAUAUUCCAACUAUACUCUUUCAAAGAGUCAAAAAAGUUAUUUUUCAACUAGAAUGCUAGGGUGGCGAUGCGAGCUCCAAAUAUUUAGCUUGCUCUCCUUUUACUCCCCCAAAGUCAGAUCAAAUGCCUCCAAUGUUAAGAUGCAAGUUGACAAUAGUCUGUUUAAUAAUCACAUGCAUUAUUAUAUUCUUCCUACCUUGUAUCCCAUAGGAUGUCAAGAACAGAAACAGUCAAUGAAUAUUGGUGCAGUGAGACUGCCAAAAGCUGUGGCUGUUGCCAAUUGCACUGGUGUCUUGGCAGUCUGAUUUCAGUCACUCAUAGGACCUAUGUAAUUUCAUUUGUUUUUUCUCACUCGCUAUGUCACAACGCCUUAUGUGUACUUACAUCUAGUUUUCUUUUCUUAUGAAUUAUUUUCCUCCUUGCUUACUUUUUCUACCUCCUGCAGUUAGCCUCUGCUUUUUAUAGUUAACUACGAUUCAGUUUGGCAAAUGGCGUUAUAGUAGAGCUAUAAUGCCAUUUACUGUUCUUGGCUCAAUUGAGAGCUAUAGUACUUUGGCCUAAAAUAUUUGAUAAAAUGCCUUACUGCAUGAUAGGUUGAGCUUCGCACUGUUGAUGGAUUACUGAAAGACAACACUCAGUGUGCUCCAAAUGGCUACUACUUCAUCCCAGUGUAUGAUAAGGUACUGUUUUCUUGAAUAUACUAUCUUUUCCUGGAUGACAAUUCCUUUCAUCCAUAAACUGACUUUACAGUGCAAAUCACAAUGUGGUACUUUUAUUUGUGCAUGAUUCUAGAAAUACUAUGUUUAUCAAUGUUUUAAUUUUUCAUUGAUGUUAUUCUUCAAUAUGUUGCUUUCCUUGGUUAACACAAAUACGAUUGCAAAGCCUCUAUUGUUUUGUCCUAAUUUCACAGUCAAUGUGUAGCUGCUAAAAGUAUCCAUCCAUAUGCCUUGCAAACCUCAUAGCUGAUAAAAGCAUUUUGUACUUUCAUAUAAUUACAAUUUGCUUCCUUUCAAGAGUAUUUUCGUUACUAUGAAUCUGUUGUAAUCACAAUUUAACUGGUUUAUGGUUAAUCUUUGCUAAAGAAGAAUGCCUUUCUCCUUUUCUGAAAGAAGAACGUUGUCAUCGGUCAAUAUCCGCCUCACCCCACCCACCAUCCAAAAAAGCAUAGAAAAAGAAUAAUGGCUUGGUUAUGUGGUAGAAUUCAGGAUCUGCUGCAUUCGCACGAGGGAUUUCUCUUUCAACAUGGUUUCCUAAUGUCUUAUUGGGCCAUCAUGAGGCAGAUUUUGGUGUAGGGUAACUUGGGUCUGCUUCAUUCUACUUGUCAGAUAGUUUUGACAGAUUUGCAGAUUAGCAGUAGGCUCAUUGCCUACAUCUAUUACUAGUUUAGUUGAUUCUAGUUUGAGUUGUAUAGUAUGAGGCAAAUGGUAUGCCGAGUUACUUAAUCCAAAAUUCCAUACUUCACUUGGCUUCUGUAUUGUAUUUUACCUGAUAAUUAAGUAACAUUGUUUUUGUAUCGUUUUAACAAGAAACUGGAUGCUAAGUUUGAUUGGAACUUUUAUUGGAUUAGUUUGAUCAAUAUCAUCAAAUACUGUUUCUGCUAUGAUUCCCACCAGUAUUUGAACACUUACAUUAACAUCAUACUUAAGUAUAUGUGGUCGUGGUUCAUAUGGAUGUCAAAAAUAUGUAAUCAUAUUAUGAGUUAUUUGUUUGGGUCUUAAGACAGGAGUGAAAACUAAUAACAAAAGUUAGUUUAGACUUUAGGCCGGAAUCUAGUUCUCAACAUGUGGAUGCAACAUGGUAGGUAAAGUUUAUUGCGAUCCAUCAGAUAACAAAAUCUUUCGAUUCCGAUCUGAAUUGGUUACAAUUCUAAUUCACUUCCAAUAAUCACUUUCAUGAUAGAUGAUUUGAUUUCAUGGUUCUCUGACUCUUGAAAUUAAAGGAAGAAAAAAAAUCGGCCGAACUUUGCUGUCAGUAGCAUCCAGUAUCCCGCUAUAUUGUAAUUACAGGAGGAACAUGACGAAAGAGCUGCGCUUGCUGCUUGCUGACAGAUGAUAGAGAAGAAGAGGUUCAAUGAAAAGGAAAAUUGCAGAUGGAUGAAAACUAAUGGCCUGUGAUCACUAGAGAAAUAUGUGGGAUCAAGGACUUUCAUUCCCCCAACAUAUCUAAAUUUCAUGCUAUGUUUGUGCUAGUCCUCAUAUCUAGAAUUUCAUUUCGCUUUCUGUGGUACGUCAUACUUGUGUGGCUGUCUCAUUCGUUAUAAAAGAAAAUAGCUAGUGAUAAAUUUGAACAAAAUUUUGGACGUAUCUCAUAUAUUUGGAUGUAUUGGUCAAUAUCAUACGACUAAAUAUGAAUGUUUUCAUGAAUAUGUUUACUCAUUGUCUGACGCAUAUAAUAAGGUGACAGUGACGUCAGACUAGGACAAACGGAGCCAUAAUAAAUUAUUUUAACUACUCUGAAGUUUUCAUUUUUCAUGUUGAGCUCAUCAUAUCCACGUAUUGGUUUACCUAUUUUCUCUUGAAACAUUUCCUAUAAGCUUCUCAGCUUCUGUUGAGGAACAAUAUGAUUUUCAUGAGAUAUCCAAAGGGAAAUGGAGACCAAAACGCAGUUGGAUGGAGAUAUCAAAGAAAUAUUUUCAUGUUGAAUGUGUUCACGUCAAAUAGGAGAACAGAUUGGGGAGUCUGUGCCAUCUAACUAUGAUAUCUAAAUUUGGUCGAUGAAGAUGGUGACGGACUUGUUGAUUCUUCGUUCUCCGUGAAAAUUCGUUUUCUGUAAUUUUUCUAUUUUUCCAGCUUUUUUUGGUAAAACUCUUUUCCUGAAUGCCUACCUUUUCUUUUACUCUUCUGUUUAAACAACCUGAUAACGUUUGCAGGGUUCAUUUAUUAUCAAAGUUCGGGGACCAGAUGGUUGGUCAUGGGAACCAGAGAAGGUGAUUUUUUUCUACUAAUGUAGAUCCUUUCUUAUCCUCGGUAUAGAGCAUCCCUCAGUUCUUAAUAUGUUACUUGAGCAUAAAGUCUGAAGGACAGUUUCUGAUCAAACAUUAAAUAGGUUGCUGUUGCGAUUGAUCAAAACGGAUGCAAUGCAAAUGCAGACAUUAAUUUCCAGUUCACCGGGUCUGUAUCUUCUAGCUCUAUUCAUGUUUAUGAAAAAUUUGAAACAGUUAUCCUCUCAAAUGAACAGUUCUCAUAGAUGCCUGGUUCAUAAGAAACUGCAAUUCUGCCCUGUAGGUUCAUGAUAUCUGGAAAAGUUAAUGGAGCGGUCGGUGGUGAAAGCUGUGCUGCAAAAGAUGGAGGGCCGUAUGAUGUAAAAGUUGAUCUGCUGUCAUCCUCAGGUGACCUUGUUUCGUCAGUCCUAACAUCAGAAACUGGGAACUACGCUUUUACCAAUAUAAUUCCAGGUUUGAGAUGGCUCCUUUCUAUUGUUAAUUUGUCUUCGUUUGAGAUCUUCCCUUAGACUAAAAAUAUUUAAUUGGUCUUUGUUAGUUCCUUUAUUUCUGCAUAGUUACCUUUUGACUUAAAAAUGUUGGUUUAUGGUACACAAAAUACGACUCAAAGCAUUUCUGAUUUAAUCGUUCUUUCAUGACAAAUGCUUGACUACUCAACUUCGAAUUUCAAGUUGUGAUACGUAUUGUACUGCUAUUAAGAAUUUGUUAUAUAAUAGUUGAAUGCACUUAAUACUCGGGUGAUAUUACUCCAAUGCUAAGUUUACUUGGAUCUGUAAUUAUUACAUUGAGCUCUGAAAGAUGGAAAUGAUCAGUUGUUAAGAUGAACAUUGAGGAGGCCUGUGGUAGAGAGAAGGUAUCAUGCCAUGAAGCUUACGUCCAAUAUCUUGAACAAUUAUAUUUCCUCUUGACAUAUAAUUGAGAGGCAGCAACUAUCAAGGGGAAAGAGAGUUUAUGUAACUUAGUGCAAACUGGAAUUUCUUUGAACUUAUGAAAUCUGCCGUGAUUUCAGAUGAUUUUUGCGAGUUUUGUAUAUGGAAGGAGGUUAAUAGGUUAACAUUGAAAGGAAAACACUCUAGCUUUGUUAGUCUGUCUCUGGAAGUCUUAAAGGCAACCACAAUGGUGCUGAUAAUCUUGUGAAAAUCUUGCAGGAUGAAGUUCUAUCUCCAAUGUCUUGUACUGAAUGUAAAUUUUUCUUUUAAAAAAUCAAUGGAUUUUGUGCCAAUGUUUUACAGCAAACUGGAGCUAGUGAGAUCGGACAGAGAAAGUAGUGAGGGGAUUAUCCUUGCACGGGAUGAAUUCAAAUGAGGUUGAAGAUUAAGUAAUUAAGACUAAACGUAGUCCUUGGGAAGAAUUAGUCAAAAGGAUGGAAGUAGAGGUGGAAUUCAAGGCCUAGGACAAAGAAGUUGGGAAGAUAUUCACAGAGGGUUCUGUUGAUAAGUUUAUGUGCACAAGGGUAUUAAAAACUUAACAUUUGUUAAGUCAUUCCUCAAAAAGUAAUGGGAGGAGUAGAACCAUAUGUUGUUUAAAAGAAGAGAAAUGAUGGGACUUCAUUGAAAACUAAGAUGGAUAGAACUACACUAUACGAAGUGAAGGCUAGGAAGGGGCGGUGAGAUUUGCAUGAGAGUUGCUAUUUGUUCAGAACUAUGUGACGGAGGUUAUAGGUUGGAGUAUCACGUGAUCAAACAUAUGGGGAAGUCAAAGUUGUUAAAUAUGAUAUAAGCCAAAGUAAGAUAUAUAAUUUGCCUACAUGAGACUCAAAUUCGAUACUUGUGGACUCUGCUUUUAUUAACUAGAAAAGAGGAAGCUGGACAUGCCUAGGUGGCUAUGUGAACACAGCAGAGGCCAGAUUAUUUAGUGAAACUAAAACAUCCUCGGAGCAUUGGAUUUCAGAAAAGGGCUUUAGUAUUUCUGUGAAGAAGUAAAUCUUGGACCGCCUUGGACUUUGAUUUGAUGCAUGGACUUCUUGGGAAAAUAUUGAGAAAAACUCUUCAAUAAACUACUGAACAUGAAGAAUUAUGUUCAGCACAAUGGCAUGUGUUGGUGUUACUAAUUCUCAGGUUGCCUUGGGAAAGGAAAGGCUAUCUAAAUUGGAGCUGAGAUUGAGCUGUUAGAAAAAUGGAUUCAUGACUAUCAACUCUCCAACAUCAACCAUCGUGAGUUGAAAGUUCAUCUGAAGCAGCUUACUAGAUAAUGGUGUUGAACCCCAGCUGGAAAGUUUUUCAGUAUCUGAAUAUUUAGAAUAAGAGAUAAAGCUCCGAAAUUUAAGAGCUGUCAGGGCCAUUUUCAAAUUAUAACCUUGACAUGAGGAUCAAGAGUAGAGAAGAAUAUUUGGAUUUGGAAGGGUUUGGAUUUCGUCUUAUGGCUUCAGAGAAACAUUCAAGCAGUGGUUUCCAGAGUUCAUUAGAAACAAUAGGGCAUGAGGCUUCUUACACCACUGAGAGUCGCUGUGGUUUGUGAGAGUAACAGGAAAGUGGAGAGGGUGGGAUUUGGUGGCAUUCUUAAGAUACCUAAAGGAAUUCAGCUAUAUUUUAGCUAGGGCAAAGUGCCCUACAGUUAAUCAUCAUAUUGUUGGAUGCUUCUGCUUGUCAGUAAUUAUCUUAUCCAUGUUCAUUGUGUCAUUCAGCACUACACUUCUAUGUUUGUUUCCUUUUCCUUUGCCAUUCAAUUAGGAAAUCCUUUACAGUAGAUGGAGAUGGCCAUGUCGCUUCCAAGUCCUGCUUCUUUCAUAUUUUCAGUUAAAGUGGCCGCACUACUUCCAUAUUAAACAUCUGUGGAUGGUUGCAUUUUUUCUGUGGAUGCAUCUGGCAAGAAAAUGCCUCUUGGUAUACUGUGUUGCUUAUGUGAGAGUUUAAUGAGACAUUUUUUCCAACAAAUUUGUUCCUUUCCCGGAGGGGAACAGUUAAACACUCUUGAACCUGCUCUGUAGAUGUCGACAUGGUUGUAAAUUCGAACUUUCACUCAUGAAAUCUGGUGCUGGAAGAGUUUCACUUUGGAUCAUCCUUCUAAAUUUGAAGUUCAUGAUGGUGUAAAAACCCCUUCUCAAAUUUUCCCAUUUAUAAGAUAAACAGGCCUUCAGAUAUUGUGCUGUUUUCCCAGUUAUUUAUUACCAUUUAACCGUAGCCUGCCAUAUUGGGUUUCCUUAAAUUUCUUUUUUAUAACCAAAUUACUAGUAUUAGUAACGUUUUCUUCUUGAUUGCUCGCCUGAGUGUAGAUGUUUCUAAAAUGAUUUACGUUCACAGACUUAGAUUGGAUGCAGGGAGUGCCCUUAUUUUUUUUCUAAUUACGUGUAGGACAAUACAAACUACAGGCUUCACAUCCAAGCUUGGAAAUUGAACUUAGAGGUCCUUCUGAGGUUUGACACACUCAGUAGCCUUUUAUUUUGCGAAAUUCAUUGAGACACUACCAACAGAAAUUUAUUCUUUGCAGGUCAACUUAGGUUUUGGAAAUGCUUUGGUUGAUGAUAUUUUCUUUGUCUCAGGAUAUGACAUUCGUGGUUCUGUAAUGUCUCAGGUGAUCUGUCUUACAUAUGUAUAUUAUAAUUUGUUAUGAUCAAAUUUGUCUUUUGUCUUACCGGAUUUUUCAUGGAUCAUUUGACAGACUUUAUUUAUUAUGAUGCGUUGACUUAAUGAAGAUGUAUGGAUGUUGAAUCUAAUUAAAUGUAAAAAAUGUUAGGAACAUUUUAUCAACAUACAGAGGUUUUUUUUCAUAGAAUUGUGGAUAAUACCUCGGUUGGAUUAGCUAAAAGGAAUUGACGUUCAACAGAGAAUUGCUUUUGAAAGGGACUAGGAUGGUGUAUUGUUAUGUUCCGUGGCUUUAAGAAUGAUAUGCUCUAUAUAUGAUAAAAAUAUUAGCUCUUAAAAGCUUCCAUACAAGGAAGCUUGACCUCUUAGGCUCUGGAUUUCGUGAUAUGAGAAUCAACAGUCUGUCUCAGCUUUCCUUUGUUUACGUUGGAAAUUGCAUUGUUAUACAUUUGAAACCUGCUCAUCGUAUUCCAGUGACAUGGUCUUGUCAACAUUUUGAAGUUAAGGAAAUCUGACUCUUUUAACUCUGGACCUCAUAUAUUUCUGUGGAGCCUGUACCCAGUUCGUUGGUGGGAAUUGUCUUGAUGCUUCUCGAAAUCCAUUGUCGUGCCAAAAAUCAUCUAGUAGUUGGUUUUUCUACUUGAGGAUUUCGAACAAAUCUUCCAGCAUUUAGAUGAUUUUUCCUUCAGUUUUUCAAUAAAGACAUCUUCGUUUCAUAGACAGACAAAAAAUAAAUAAUAAAGAAAGCGUUGACUUGGACCUGGUGUUUGCAUAGCUAUGACAUUUGUAUAGAUCUUGAGGGCCUUUGUUUCUCAAAUAAAUGUACACCGCUGAAAUCUGUUGAAAUAAUUACUGAAAUUUAUACGCUUUUCCAAAUUAAGGUGUAUUUAUUGUUCUGCAUUGAAAGUAAUGGUAAUCUAAGUCUUUUGUAUGACGUUGAUAUUUUCUACUUGAAUUUUGUAUGUGUUAUUUUGAUUUUCUGUUAUUGUCAGGCAUAAAAUGUGUUUGGAUUGUUGCAGGGCAACCCCAUUUUGGGGGUCCAUAUAUAUUUAUACUCGGAUGAUGUUUCUGGAGUACAUUGUCCCCAGGGUUCUGGUAAAUCCCCAAUAGAGAAAAAUGCCCUUUGCCACGCCAUAUCUGAUGCGGAUGGGAAGUUCAUAUUCAAGUCAAUGCCUUGUGGUAGAGUUCUCGCUUUAAACUUCCAUAUAGUCGACUCUUUUUUAUUUUCUAUAUUUUCUUACUAUAUACUUAUAGUGGAGUUGUGUAUUUUUAAAACGGGAAAAUGAACUUAAAGUGGCAGUUAUAUUUUGUGUUUUCCAAAUAAUGAUGACAGUUCAUACUGUCAAAAUUUCCACAGUUCAUGAUGACUCUACACCUAAACCAGGAUGCUCAUGUUAUGUGUUUGCAGUGGUCUCUCUAUUAUGUCCAUCUAUUAAGACACCAGGAUGCUCAUACUCUUUUGACCUACAAAGGGAUUAAUACUCAAAUAGCUGCAUUAUUGUCAUAUAUAUAUAUUUAUUUAUAUUCAAUUUCUUUGAGACUAGGGAGAGUACCUACGUCGAAUGUGAACAUAACGUUGUCUAACAUUAUUGGAAAUGAAACUAUUGUAGUCUUAAGGCGUUUCAUGGUUGUGCCAGAUUGGUGGGUCUCGUAGCUUGUGUUGUUUACACCACGUAUGCUGCAAUGGACCAAAUUUUGAUUGUCACAAAAACCUUUGGGUCCAUCUAGGAUCUUUUUCUCCCAUCUCAUGAUCUCGUGCCAAUAUCAUGUGCAAUUGGAAAGGAGCACUGUCCCAUGAAUAAAGUAUGUCAAUGUAACGUAUUCUGCAAUGUGCCGCAGUUGGUAGUUUGAACCAGAAGAGAUCCCAUUUUCUACAACAUGUGGUGAAAUGGACUUUUAUCUUUUCCCAGCCUCUUGCUCACAGGCUGACGUCCUCAUUAAUGUUCCUGUAAUGAUUGCAUGGCAUCUCCUAUCAAAAGGCGAAGGAUAAAGUACCCAAAUCAACAGUCUCCAAGUUCGAGGACAUGAACUUUUGGAGCACCCAUUUUUAUGGAGUAUUGAUGGUUUUCUGAUGGAUGGGGGGGGUGUUCUACAUAAAUUUGUGAUUCAUUCUUUCAUUAGGAUUUCAUCUGAGGACUGGAUUGAUGCUUUUUGAUGACAUAUAGCUUUGACACACUACCCUUGAUAUGAAAUAAGCCAGUUCUGGUCUUAUUUGGCUUCCUAAGUUUUUUGAAGGGGGAAAGCUUGACCUCUUGAACAACGAAUUGGCUGGUGGCCAGGAUAUAUCAAUUAGAUUGGGUCAAUUCCUUUUAUGGCUAGAUCUUUUGUGGCCUUCCCCUUUGCUGCUAGAGGAAGAGAUGAAUUAGAAGAGAAUAGAUGAAAAAGAAGAAGGGAAAGUAGUCUGCAGUGAGAAGAGGGAAAGAAGGGAAAAGGAUAGGAUAGCGUCUGUGUAAAAAAUGAGCACUGAGCACUGCGAGAGCGGCAACUGGAAAAGGGUAAAAAAUGGAAAUAACUGAGGCAAUGUAUAUCCACAGCUGUGCUACACAGCAUUGGCGUCUGUGCAUAUCGUCUUCUUGAGAAUGGGAGGACUGAGUCAAGAGAGAAACAAAAAAAAAAAAUGAGGGGAGCUAGGAAAGGUUUGGGGUAUUUUGAAGAGAACGCAUUUGAAUGAAGCUUCUAGAUGUGCCUUUUUGAAAUCUGUUGGUACUCUAAAAGUUGCAAAACCAAUACGUUCAUGUUUUUUUCCCCUAUAGUUGUCAUUGUUUAGCCUCAUUUAAUAUGAAGUCGGAUUAGACUUGUCUCUUGGCUGAUGCAAUUAAAGGAAAAAAAUUGAAGGACAUUUUUUAAAACACAAGAGUAUAUUGCUUAAUAGGUUUUUUAGAAUCUAUCCACUAUUUGAUUAUAACGCAGUGGACGUUGGUGCCAUAAGUGCUUGGAAAGAAUUGAAUUGUUGAUGGGUUUCUGGGAUAUGCUUUUUUGAAUGUAAUAUUUUGAAUGCUCAUCUUGAGGGUGAAACCUGUGAUGUGGCUCGUGACCUUCCACGAGUGUUGUUUCGGUUGUAGCAUGGCUUAUUAUUGUUGAUGGACUUGAGAGUAGACUUUUAAUGUUUUCUAUCUUCCUUAAAUGUACCUCUCUUCUGUUUAACUGAUAACCAGCAUCAUUAAAUGGUUCUUCUCUGGCAGAUAACUGAUCAACCUAUUCUCAAGUGAUAACGAAUUAUCUUUGUGACACAGGCCGUUAUGAGCUGUUACCCUUUUACAAGGGUGAGAACACAGUUUUUGAUGUUUCUCCGCCUUCACUUAGUGUUUCUGUUGAGCACCGUCAUAUCUCUAUUUCACAAAAAUUUCAGGUAUGGUGAUUAAUGAUUUCAUUGAUGACGUUGGUAUAGUCAUUUUUUUGACCUUUAUAUUGCUAGCCAAUCUCACUGGAAAAUUGAAAUUUUUUGACCUUUAUAUUGCUAGCCAAUCUCACUGGAAAAUUUUCAAAAUAUUUUGUUUUGUGAAAAAUAUCGUCUUAUGUUGUUGGCUGUUUAAUUUGGUUUAAAAACUAGAUUUAGGUGAUGGCGUUACUGUGAAAUUAAUUAUUUUCCUGUUCUCAAAUUUAGUUAACUGAGAAUAUAGAGUACUUGUUAUUUCCUUUGGACGCUAUCGUUCCAGAAAAAUGCUAUUUGAAUCAUGAUAAUCGUCUUAGGCCAUUGUGUGGUUUAUAAGAAAAAUAAAUCGUAAUUUUCUCCUGUAGUCUCCCUUCAAUGUGUAAGCUAUGUCCAUUUCCGACAUAUGGAAUGGGUCAUGUAUGAAAUAAAUAUGGGUCGUAAUAUGUUACCCAAAUCUAACAGGAAUCUCUGAUAUUAAUAAUAUAAAUUGGAUCAUGUAUGCUGUUUUUGCAUCCUCUGGCACAAUGAACUGUCAUAUUUUGUUGUUCUCGUGGGUAACAUUUUAUGAUUCAUAACGGGCACACCAUUUGACAGCUUCCAUUGUUUAUUUCCAUUGUUGGGCACGAAAUCUUUUGCUUUUUGAUAUUUUUUUUCGCAUUGAAGAAAGAGAUUGCUUGGGGUUUUGGCAGAUGACGUAUGUGGGAAUGGUGAAACCAUGAGGAAUCUUCACUCCCAAGUCUCCUUAGUAGUCGCUAAUCAUGUUUUAUUUAGGAUUCCAGUUCUGUCAAACCUUCACUUCUUUAGUAGACCAUCUCCCCGUUCAACAGCGGGGUUCCCUUGAGUAGGUGCUUUUGAUAGCUUUGAUGGUUUACAAUAUGAAUUGCUACAUCAUGUAACGUCACUUUUUAAAUUAGCUUUGUACCAUUGAGUAGAACCCUAUCUCCCUCGUCAACAAGAUCUCUUUGUACAUAUUUCUUGUUUUUUAUCAAAUUUUAGAGUUACGCUCCUUCAAUCCUGUGAUUUACUGUUACCUUCUAAUAAUAUGCAUCCAUUAUAUCGAUGAUUGGUGUGCCAUGAUAAGGGUCUUUCAAAAUCAUUGAUAAGAUGUAGGCUGAGUUUCAUGGACAUGAUCAAGUGAGACUUUAGUAGCUUACUUCUUACUCCUUUGAAAUGGAAAAUGAACGGUGGAUAAUGAUUCUCCGACUUGUGCUGUAGCUAUUUCGAUCGAGAGAAACCAUAGAAGAUUUUCUGGUAUACAAAGUAUCACCUUUGUUGAGAGUAGAGGAGUCAGACUGUAACGAUUUAGUUUCCCGGUAUACAAACCAUGGAAUCUUUGACAUUUUCAAGCUUUUCGCCAUAUUUUUUCUUUAGUGUGAUUUGUUAGCAUUCAUCUUCCUAGGAUAAUCAUGGAAACUUAUACUUUCCAGUUCUUGUUAAAGAGCUGUAGACUUUUUACCUUUCUAUUUUUUUCAUGUAUAGCUUCAUAAAUGGUCAUACAUUGUGUAGAAAGAAACUGCCAGUAUAUUUUGAUGAUCGAGGGUGUCUUCAGAAUAAUUAUUUCUCGAGGUUUAGUCAUUUUUUCAUGAUGAAUAUAUAAGUAUUUACAUCUAAAAUAUUACUGUGACGUUGUAGGGUCUGAAAUGAAUGACUUGGCUGGCUGUCUUCUUUGAAAUCUGACAAAGGGCGUAUACUUUAGGUCCUUGAUAGUAGUGCCUUUACUGUUGCUUGUAGAGUGAUAUUUUAUCCGUAAUGGACCCUAAUUGCCAUUUAAUUUAUGCUAUGGGCCUUCUGAAGCCAUUCUGUAGAUACAAGAAUUGUAUGAAAUUCUUGUUCCUGUAACCUUACAGGUACACAUAGGAAUAACUGUAAUUGUGGGCAAAUGUUUAUUGACAAUCAAACUACUCUCUUUAGUAUCCCACUCGAUUGAUGAACUCUUUUUAAUUGAUCAAGAUGUGCUACACGUUUCCUGGUCGUUUUUGCUCACAGCUUCUUCCUUUGCUAUUGCAUUACUAGGUGACUGGGUUUUCUGUUGGGGGCCGUGUCAUAGAUGACAAGGGCGUUGGAGUUGAUGAAGUAAAAAUAAUAGUGGAUGACCAAUUGAAGGCUAUAACUGAUACGCAAGGCUUUUACAAGCUUGACCAGGUAAAAUUUAUGCCUACUUAGUUACUUUAUGCCCAUACACGGGUCCUAUUUUCAUUUAUAACAAUAGCCUUAUCUCUCUGUUAGGAUAAAUCUCAUUGAAUUUACUUUAGAUAUUGGGACGUAUACAUCUGAGUUUGAAUUAAUCAGAUCAUUGAGAUAAUUGCAAGCUCAGCAAGCUGUUUGUUUGCGGACCACUGCUGAUAUCCGCUUAGUGAACUCAUAUUUGUAGUUCUGAUGCAUCCACAUGUUUUCGACUUGUAUGAAAGAUUCUAGUGGCAUAUAUUUCUCCACAGUUCGUUCCUUAUGAAAUCUGAUGCGUAGUCUGAUAUAACUACAUUGAAGUAUUCAAAAUUUACCACGCCAUAUAACCAAGUUCGUGUCUGGUUAUGAAUGCUCUUCUGACACAAGGUUACCAUUGACAGAAAAAAAUCUUACUCAUGAUUAAGUGCUAUUUUUUUCCAGAUAAUAAACAAUUGUUCUUACUUUGGGGAAUAAUCUUUUGAUCUGACAAUAAGCAGCAAUUAUUAUGCUUUAUCCUUAUAACAAGACCAUCAAGGUGGCCUUGGGCUUAUAAUACAGUUAUUGCCUCCAUUAAAUUUAUAAUCAGUUGAGUAAAUAAUAGACUUUCUUAAAUGAAGUUGGAUUACUUGACAUCUUUGCAGCCCAAUUGAUGGGCCUGUGGUGAAAAUUCAACAUAUAUUUUGGAUCAUGGUCCCAAUACAAUAAGAUUUGGCUCUGGUGUCUGAAUUUAUCAUCGUUGGAAUUUGAAUUUUCUCUUAUACUGCAAAGUUCAUCUCUUUCUCUCUAUUCUAUGGGGGAGAACAUUUCCAGUUCAGAUGCUGUUGGUGAUGUUUCAUAUGUAUGUGUGGAUCCUAUAAGUUGAUUUGACAUUUAUUGAUUCAUACAUAAUUUGUCUUCUCACGUUUUUCCCUUAUGAUCAACGAGUCGUUGUUGCUCAAGUAAAUACCCAGUGUUCUCUUCUACAUUGAAUUGUGUGAGGUUGCCUCCUUGUCUGUCAGAAUGUCCUUAACAGGACGGGUCAAGAAGAGUUUUCCCACUUUUGAGAAAUAUAGUUUUACUCGAUGAACUCACCAAGGGUUCCAGAAGAGAAGGUCGUUGUGGUUCAUUUCAAUUAUUGUAACUGUUACUGAAAAGGAUACUAAUGUUUCGACUACAUCUUUCCUAAAAAUUUCAUGAGUUGUCAUCCAAGGCAAGGUUAUGUCUCCUUGUAUGAUGAGCAAACGAUAAAGUAGUGAUAAUUUUUCUAAAAGAGGUUAAACUGCAAAUCAGAAUUCUAUCCUGGACUAGGAUGUUUCUACAAAUUUAUGUUAUUACAUGUACUGUGGUUUAGCAAAUCAGAUUUCUAACUACGUUAUUAUGUUUCUACAAAUCAGAUUCCUAACUACGUUUACUUGAGGAACAUAAGAAAUUCUAAGGAUUUCUUUUGUAGUAGUGUUGUUUGUUUAUAAUUAUAUUGUUUUGUUUGGUACAGUACUUGCUUAGCAGUAUUAAUACUGCUGCUAAUGACCAGAAAACUGACACUAAUUGCUUCGUGUACAGGUGACCUCUAAGCAGUACAAAAUAGUAGCAGAAAAGGAGCACUAUAAGUUCAGUAGUUUAAAUAAUUUCCUGGUACGGUAUUUCUACCUUUGUCUGUGUUAAACAAUUUGGUGACAAACAAUUCUUGACUUUGUUUUUGUUUGGAAUGACAUACUUAAUUCAGGUUCUUCCUAACAUGACCUCAGUCGAAGAUAUCAAGGCUAUUGCUUAUGAUCUUUGUGGUGUUGUUCAAUUUAUUGAUCCAAAAUACAAGGCAAAGGUACUAUAUUAUGUGAUGAUCAGUGGAUUACAUCUGUCAUCAUGUCUAUGACUUUUUUCCUCAUAAUUUAUUCAUCAUCAGAUGGGUAUAAUUUUUCAUUGCAUCAUUAGUGAGUUGCUGCUCAUUUCUAUGCUCAGGUUUCAUUGACUCAUGGGAUCGGCAGUGUGAAGCCUCAGGUGAAGGAGACUGAUGAAAAGGGAAAAUUUUGUUUUGAGGUACUCUCUGUGGAAAUAGGUGUUUAUAUAUAUUGUGGUGCUCACCCCCUUGACGCGCUAUCAUUUUCCUUGAAGCUUUCAUUUGUUUUCUCCAAUUUCAGUUGCAGGAUAGACCACUUGCAUAGUUUCUUAUGGGUAGAAAGCUCAAUACUUUUAAAUCUCGGUGAAUUAUGCCUUUUGGCAAAGUCUUAUUUGUUAACUUUUAUGCAUAAGUCAGAUCCUGCAGUGUCGUUCAUAUUUACACCUUGCCAAAUAAAAAACAAUGACUAUGUUGCCUAAUGACAAAAAAUGAAGUGCCGUAGUUUCCAUGGCAUGCAGACAGUAUUGAUGCCCAAGGAAUCUAGACAUCAUAGACAAGCAUUCUGUUCAGAUGCUUGCCUGUUCGGUCAGAGACAGCAAUCACCUGAUUAAAUUUUCCAACUUGUAUCAUUGGAAUCCCUGAAGGUGAUCCACUUAGUCGAUGGAAUGAGUCACAUGAUCAUGUCACACAAUCAAACAGUGUGCACUGUUUGGACAACCGCGCAGCCUAUCGAACUGAUGGAGGUUUGUUCACAGAGAGCUACUGAAUGGCACACAAUUGUGGUAUAGUAUACACGAUAUAAAAUUACUUUACAAUUAUAUACGCUAACAUUUUUCUGUUAGAUGUUUUUGCCUUUACUCGCAGUCCUGUUUCUAUUAAUUAUUUAAUAAAAAGGUAUUAUGUUUUUUACCAUUAUAGUAUAUUUUAUGUUUAAAUUAACUAAAAAACAUUUCUUUACAAUAAAUCAGAUAUUUUAUAGAGAAUUCAAGCAUUUAUGGAGAUUAUUUCAUUUAAUCAUUUUUCUAAGAUACUAAGAUUGUCAGAGACAUUUAUACAUAGUAUCAAAUUUCCCAAUUUUCUGAGAAUUGGCGACUGCUUUAAAAUAAUUUUAUAUUGUUUAAAAUUAUGUCUUGGAUUGAGAUGAUCGCUAACACCUUGCCUAGUCAUGCAAGAUGGCGAUCUGCUAUCACGGUCACCUUGAAAACCUUUUUAACCACUCAAUUCCUGAAUGUUGUGUCAUCAGUAGCUGCAAAUACCAUUCUUCUCUCAAAAAAGUCAAUGAAUCUUGUGUUUUAUUCAUGGUUUCUCUUUCUUCAAACAUAUAGUUGACAUCUGAUCACAUAUCAAGUUAGUCCUGAUGAGUACCAGGCCUUGGCAUUAGCUACCACUAUCUUCAUUGAUUUGGGUCUUAUACUCCGUUCGUUUACUGUUUUGCUCUUCCUCAGUAUCAAGGCUGAUAUUUUUGGGUAGUCAUAUAGUUAUCUCUAUGGGAAUGAUAACUCAGUUAGAGUGCAAAUGUAAGCGUUCCUUUCAUGGCAGAUGUAGUAAUCAUUUUUUGUUGCCGAUCAUCAAGUCUGAAAGUAGCGAGGUUUUUUUCUUAACUUUUGUUAGUCAUAAUUGCUUGCUUCUUUUUUUGUCAUAGGUUCCACCUGGUGAAUACCGCAUAUCUGCCUUGGCAAUGAAAUCUCAGAGCUCUUCUCAGAUUCUUUUCUCUCCAUCGUAUAUUGAUGUAAUGGUUGAUAAACCAUUGUUUAAUCUGGAAUUUCUUCAGGUAAAUGCCAUCUGUUACCGAUUUUCUCUUCAUGUUUCAGAGGUAUUUGAAAUGCCUGAUAUCAAAAUUACUCUGGAGGUUAAGAGCGGACCUUGACUAGAAAGAAAUUCCUUUGCUAAUACAUGCUUUACUUCUGAAAUCAGGCACAGGUCAAUAUUUAUGGUAAUGUCGUUUGCAAGGAUAAAUGUAGCCCUUCGAUCUCUAUUACAUUGUCAAGAUCAGAUGAUAUGGGUUUGGACGAAAAGAGGACAAUUUUCUUGAGUCAAGAGAGCUGUGAUUUCAUUUUUCCGAAAGUAUUCCCUGGCAAGUAUCAAAUUCAGGUACUGAUUAAAUCUGUACCUUCUGUGUUCCGGAUCCUUCUCCUUUUGAAAGUGCGACCAGCUGUUGCCAGAUUAAUUCAACAAGGUCACAAAAGUGUCAGAUUUAAUUUCUAUUUUUUAAACUUUGGACUUGUCUCGAUUUUUAAACUUUAAACUAGGCAAAAAAUUCCAUUACCUAGUGAGAAGCUCUAAGGGCCUAGUCACAUACAUUCAGAAAGGAGAGAAAUAAAAAUCAUCUUUGUCCCGUUAUGAUUCUGUUCUUAUAUGUUUUUUUGGAUGUUGUAUCCCUAGGUCAAGCAUGAAUCAUCAGCUACCGCUGAGGACAACUGGUGUUGGGAGCAGAAUUUUUUUGACUUAGACAUUGGUGUUGAAGAUAAGAAGGGUAUCGUUUUUGUACAAAAAGGUUAUUGGAUAACUAUUAGUUCUACUCAUGAUGUUGGCGCUUAUAUCCGUCAGCCUGAUGGUUCAUCAAGGAAUCUCCAAAUAAAGGUAUCUGUAUCUCAUUUACUGAUAUUUACUUUUAUGCGUACUGAGGAUUGAACUGUUUAUACUUGUAGCGUUUUUUCUCAUUCUCUGAAUUUGGAGUAGUAAUGAGUCGAUAGCUGAGAUUGGUGAUGUACAUUUUUAUGUUUCUAUAUUCUAAACCAUGUACAACACUUGAGCACUUCUUCAGUCAUCCAUAAUCCAUCAAAUUCUUUAUUUGGUUUGCAGAGAGGAUCCCAGAAGAUAUGUCUUCAAAACCCUGGUCUGCAUGAACUUCACUUUGUUAACUCAUGCAUUUUCUUUGGGAAUUCAUCACUCAAGUUUGAUACCUUGAACCAAUUGGUAUGUUUAUCUCUUCUUUUUUUGUUCAUUUGCAUGAGAAAUGUUCAUUCUGGUGACUUUCCUCUAUGUUUUCCCUCAAUAUAAUUUUGGUAUCUGUGAAAUCUUCUUGCAGCCUAUAAAUUUGACCGGAGCAAAGUACCUUCUCAGAGGAGAAAUUCACGUCACGAGCGUGGAUCAUGAUGUGUUUGAACUAUCAAAAGACAUGCUUGUUGAUGUUUUGAACAAGGACCAUGAAGUAAUUGAUAGAAUUCAAGCUAACUACCUCCCUCCUGCAAGUGAUGAAAUUGAUAAAUAUGCCUUUGAAUACUCUAUCUGGGCUAAUCUGGGGGAGGAGCUUAUCUUUGCUCCUCGGCACGCUAGGUAUACACUAUCAAUGUGCUUAAAACGUGCAUGUGACCGAAGCUCUUACCUUUUUCACAGUCGUUUAAUGAUCAAGAAAAUCCUUUGAUGUAGCUUUAGAUCUUUCCUUUAGAUAAUUGUUGAGCAUAUGUUACUUUCUGGCCAGUAGAAUCCAUGUCAAUUUGUUUGGGAUGGUGAGUUUGUGUUUUUUACAAGUUUAUGUCUCAACUUUUAUGAGCACCUUGUGAGGUGUUUGGAUGAAUCAUCUGUGGUUUCUGUUCGACUCUUUCCUCUCAUUUGUGAAGCCAGAAAUCCAUAUUUGAAUUUUUAUAUUUGCAUGAGAAAUGUUUUGGAUGCUUAUGCACAACGAUUUAAUUUUUGGAAAUGUGAUCUCACAUGUGAUCUCGUGUUGCUAGCAUGUUGGAUGCAACCUUUACGAAUGUGAGCUAUGAGAUUUCUGUAAAAAAUACCUAAUCUACUUGUUUGUUCUAUUCUUUUCAGGAAUGAUGAAGGAAAGAUGCUUCUGUUUUAUCCUCGAGAACGUCAUGUGAGAAGUCUUGAUCUAUUGAUUUACCUGACCUGGGUUUCAAAAUAUUUUAUUGACUGAACCUGUAUUAUUGUUUCACUUUGAUUAAUAGGUUUCAGUAGUUUAUGAUCAAUGCCAAGCUACAGUAGAACCAAUUGCUGGUCGAACAGGAUUGUACAUUGAGGGAUCAGUAUCCCCAGCCCUUUCCGGUGUUAACAUCAAAAUUAUAGCGGCAGCCAAUAGCAGACAUGCUCCACUGCUGAAAGGUGAAUCAGCUCUGGAGACAAAAACAGGAGAAGAUGGAUCUUUUGUUGCUGGUCCUCUGUAUGACGACACCACUUACGAAAUUGAAGCCUCAAAGGUUUGCAAAGUUUUGAUUACAUCCUCACAUAUGCAUGCGGUUUCUGUCUGAAACAUAAUUUGCAAACAACCACUGUCUGGUUGAUUCAUUAAUUCCUGAUUUGAUAUAUUGUAUGGAGACAAGUUUUACCUAUACUUUGUGAAGCCAGAUUCAUUUCAGAGGUCGAUUUUCUCACAUUUCUUUUGAUUUUUCUUCCUUCAAGAAAAUGUGUCAAUGUUGAGGAUUUAUUGAGUUCUAUGUAAAAUUAUUUCAAAGAUGUCGCUUCAAACUGUGGUUCCUGUUGCUGCAAUAAGUUAUUUAUUCUGCUAGCAAUACUUUAUUUUAAAAAAGUAAUUUGGUUUUGGUUAGAAGUUUCCUGUUCACAUCUUUAUUCCACAUAAACACUUUUGUGUGCCUUAUGCUCCCACAAUUAUUACCUAUACGUUAAUGGGUACCUUUGAGUAUAAUAGUUUCUUGUACGAACAUAGCAUGAAGUCUCCCAAAUCCAGGAAUCUUGUAACCAUUGAUAUCAAGUCUGGGUGGCACCUUAGACUAUUUUCCUAUGCAUUUUGUCCAUUUUGACCAUUGUACCAUUGAUAUCAGCAAACCUGAACAGGUUCGUGACCUAACCUAAUUUCCAGAUCUCACUCCAUUCGUAGAUCAUUCAUUCCAUGAAAUUUGUGUUCAUUGCUAACCAUCCGUCGUUUUUGUAUUUUCUGUCGAAUCUAUCUGGUGUAGUGCAAGGUUAGAGUCCCUCACCAAACUUCCAUUACAUCGUUAUUCAUGUAAAAAUUGUACUUAUCAGAUCUACUAUGGUUGAUGGUUUUGAUGCAGUCCCAGGCUAGCCUUUUCGGUUUAUACAAGUUGGACUAUGAUGGACAGAUCCUCUUCAAACUACCGAUAGUUUAGCUUAUUCUCAAUGUUUCACGCUGAAUAUCAUGUUUCUCUUCGGAUAAAAACUUAGUUAAAGCAGUGCAAUGGAAACAUUGAGUUUCAUGACAGGAUAUUUCAUAAAUGUAGAAAAGAGAAAUACUACCGAUGAAAGUAACAUUCUUUGUGAAUAGAGAUGAAAUUCAUGAUUUAGGAUACACAAUUAUCAUGUGGAUACACAAGUCUUACUGGGUACCACUUUAGCAGCUUUUAAAAAACCUUUAAUAAACUAUUGGGGAAUCUUGGAACAUUAAGAUCAGCGGACAGUUGAACUAGCUCUUACUUUUGUUGAAUAUAUGCAUGCUGAUUAUCAUGCUUUACAAAGCUGACCUAAGCCUUUAUUUGGUUUUGCCAAAAGAUCUUCCUCAUAUCUUGCUUUGCGUUGCUUUUUGUGGUCAUUUGAUCGCGUUUCAGUAUAUGUUUAUGCUUAUCUCAUUGAUACCCUUAUUUUUAGUCUCAAACGUUGAUUUUUAUCUAAUGUUGCCCAUUUUCUGGGUGAGAACGUUGUGAGAUCUCAAAUCAAGUGCUAUGCAUACAAAAUUAUUCCGAGUUAAGCUUCCAGCUUAUAUGUGCCAUAGUUGUAGCAGUUUACAUAAAUUGUUAUUUGUAGACAUGGCACUUUUCACAUUGUUUUGUUGUUGUAUUAAAUUCUCUGAGGUAAACUAUUUUUUUAUAUCAUUAAAUAAUUGUAUUCAUUAGUUCAUAUCACAGAUGUUUUUGGUAGAGGUGAAAUAACUCAACUUCUGAUUCCUUCAUGAAGGAAUUGUCUUAUAAAUUUUACUGUGCUCAUCCAAUGUCCUUCCUGAUGCAGCCCGGCUAUCAUAUCAAACCUUUGGGAGAAAAUUUAUUUUCUUGUCAAAAGCUUGGUCAGAUUUUGGUUCACAUGUCUGACAGAGAAGAAACUCAAGAGCUGUUCCCCUCAGUGCUCUUAUCUUUGAGCGGUGAAGAUGGUUACAGAAACAAUUCAGUAACUGGUGUUGGUGGACAGUUCAUCUUUGAUAGCUUGUUUCCUGGGAGUUUCUAUUUACGUCCUCUCUUGAAGGUGCGCUUUCCUUCCUUUUAGUUUUGAAAUCUUUUCACUUCACAGUACUUCCUAUUCUCUGAAACUUCAUUUCAUGUGCCAUUUGAUCCAGGAUCCCGCAUUAGAAAGUUGUUAGGAGCAAUUUCUAUGUCACGCCAAACUCUUCAAUGUUCUGUCUCACACACUUGAGUCUCCCUUAAUGUUGUAGUUCAGUUCUCGAACCAUUACACAAUUGUCUGACAGAGUGACAGGCUUGUCCACAUUUAGCUUACAUCUACUGCAACUUUUUUUUAUUAAUAUUUCUCUAUCAGACAUUGACCCAUAUUUCCAUUUCAAUCCUACUAAUCAAAUUCGAUCUUAGACCCACCAGUCAGACGCCGGAACCUUUUAUUCUUUAUACUUUCUUCCUAUCCUAAAUAACUCAAAAGAAGGGGUGAGAUAAAUUGGUCACAGAGAAUUCUUUCUCUAAAUUAAUUGCUUUCUUCUCAUAUCAAUAACAAGAAUUAAAAAAAAGGAGUAACGAGUCAUCCAGGGAUAAACGAUUAAUUUCUUUCAGUAAACCUGCUAAAGCCCCAUACCAGAGUACUUAGUAAAGGUGCCACAGCGAGAUAUGUUUUUAGAUCUUGCAUUGAAAAGCCUCCUUCUUUAUUGUAAUACAUGUAUGAUUAGAUACUGAAACUAAAUUAAAGAUCGCUCAUAUUUUGAUGCAACAUUGAUAAUUAAAAUGUCUACGUGCAAAGUGUUUAAUCAGGAUUUAUUAAAAUAUGGAAGCACCUUUCUGUAUGCUGAAAGAUGCACAAGGGCAUCAUAAAUUUCCAGUGUUUACGAUAGUACAUUCUCUUCAUUCGAUUUACUUUGUAUGAUGCCGCUUAUUUUGGUUAUCUAUUCCUUUAUUGACUGAGGCUACUCCUUUUCAGGAAUAUUCUUUCUCUCCUUCAGCCCUUGCGAUAGAAAUUGGUUCUGGGGAAUCUAAAAGUGCCACUUUCUAUGCCACCCGUGUUGCUUACAGGUUUGAAUUUUUCUUUCCUUCCUUUUUUAAUCAAUCUUAUGUUCCAUUGUUUAUGUUUUCUUAAACUUAGCAUCUGUGUAAAAAAACAUUUUACUAUAAACAUUGAGAAACAAAAUUAACGUUUUAUACGACACAAUCAAUUGAAAGGUCAUCUUUUGUUUCCUAAAUGACGUGAUUAAGUACUGUUCAAGAUUUUCCAUUAUGAACUGGCUUCUGUUGCACUACUCUUCUUCCUGUUGCAAGAGGCAAUACCAUACAAGCCUGGGCAAGCUUGUUCUAUCAAGAGUAGUAUCCCAUGUAGUCACUUUGACUCCUGAAAUACACUGCGAGUCUUCUAGGUUUAAAAGGAUAUUGGAUUUGGACGAUGCCAAUGCACCAACAAGAAAAUGAUGAUGUGAGGCAACAUCUCAUGAUAAUAUGGAUCACAAGAAAAACAGUUCAGAGACCGAUUCCACUGUGAAUCUUGAUUUUGGUAUUAUAUCCGCAUGGAACCUUCGACUUGGUUCUCACAUGCUAGUCAUACAUACUGUAGCCCAUAAUACCGGCGCACAGUACUAUGCCAGCGACACUUGGGGGAUAAAAGAAAAAGUGCUAUUGAAUCCAUUUGGGUUGCCAAUUUAUUGAAUGAUCUUAUUUGGUCACUCUACAGUGAUUUUCAUUGUAUUAAUGAAUAUCUAGAGCUUCGUUGUGAGACAGCAUUCUGAGAAAGCUGAAUCAUCUGUUUUUAUCAGAAAGCUUUCUUGAGACUUACGAAUCAUCAAAUGUUAUUUUAAUGACUUGUAUGAUUAUUAUCCCACGAGCAGGACGUGGUGAUUUUGAUCUUAUAAUUUACUGAUCAUCUUUCCUUUAAUGGAUAAGAUUACUGCGAAUAAUUUUUCAGCUAUUCCAUUCUGAAUUACUUUCUGCUGCAGUGCUUUGGGCAAGGUGUCUCUAUUGUCUGGUCAGCCAAAGGACGGCAUCCAUAUAGAAGCAAGAUCAGAAUCAAAAGGACAUUAUGAAGCAACAACAUCUGAUAAUUUUGGUAAUUAUCGUCUGAGAGGACUCCUACCUGACACUACCUAUGUUGUUCGAGUUGUAGCAGGAGAUGGCUCUGGAAACAUAAUUGAGCGGGCUUCCCCAAAAUCUCUAACUAUUCAAGUGAGUGGUAUAUGCCAUCUCUCCACAGACAAUAUUCUAAUACAUGAUACUGAAACGCAAUUAAUCUUUUAUGUAAAAAUUUAAUUUUAUUGUUGCGAUGGGCAAAUGAGUCAUUAGAAGUUUUUUGUCUCAUUAGUUAAAAAAUUUGACUGAAGAAGGAAUGAUUGCCACUGGGUUUUAAGGUUUAUGUAGCCCGUUGAUCUGUUUUUUGAUCGACCAAGGUACAGAUAGUUAUGCAGAUAGAGUUGUUUCCGUUCCAAGUUCAUCAGAUCCGUCAUUUACCUCCGGUUUGUUCCUUAAGUCUGGCUAAAUUAUCUCAGAAUGUUGUGUUCCGUUUUAUUGCUUCAUCAUUUUCUUACUUUAUGAGGCAUUAUUUUUGUUACCAUCAACUUGUUCACGUUUGGAAACGGAGUAAAAACUUGAUUUGUAAGUAAAAGAUGAUCCCAUAGCCGAUUAUUUUCUUCAAGGGAAAAAAUGCAGCUAUUUGGGAAGGGCAUGCCUUGAUUACCCUGCAGUGGCCAUCAUCAUUUUUGCAAACUGUGAUGACUGCGCUUGCCGCCCGCUGGUGAUAUUUUGAGAGGUGAAGGGAGACUGCAGAAAGAGAGUCUGAUGGGGAGGACAUGGAAGUUAGAGGACACAGAAGAGCAAGAGUCUUCUCUGCAAUAUUCAAUGCUUACAGCUAUAUUAAUUUGAAGAAUUACGCUAGUUUUGUCUCUUUUUUAAGAAAGAAUGCAGCGAAUCGUGAUCUGGACUCAAUAAUUGAUUUUCCUUGGGUCAGGAUAAAUUCAUGUUACUAACAUUGUGAGCUUUUUUUUGCAUAAGAUGUUGGGAAACCUCGUAGGAUCUGACGUUCUAGAGAAAAUUGUAGUUCCUGCUGUGAAUUUGAAUGGUGGGCUACUGUAAUUUUAGACGAUGCAUAGUUUACCAUGAUUAUUCAUCCACAUUGCUCCAGUGUAAUUGGCAUUACACUGAUUCAAAUGCUUAUAUUGACGACUACUUUCCCUUCCAAAUUCUCGCUUCUACUUUACUUUGUUCCUGAUGAAUAUUUCCCCAGUGUUCAUGGUGAAGUUCAUAGCUCAGAUGUUCAUAGGAUAUCUUUUGGUUUUCCCUCUUCUUUCAGGUGGGAAGUGAGGAUAUCGUAGGGUUGGAUUUCGUAGUAUUUGAAUAUCCAGACAUAACGAUUUUGAGCGGCCAUGUGGAGGGAGACGACCUUGAAGGCUUGCAGCCGCAUUUAUCAGUAGAAGUCAGAUCAGCUGAUGACCCCACCAAGAUCGAAUCGGUGCUCCCACUGCCGCUGUCAAACUACUUCCAAAUAAAGGACUUGCCGAAGCGCAGGCACCUCUUGCAGCUUGUGUCGCACUUCCCAUCUGCUACCCACAGAUUCCAUUCUGAGGUUCUUGAAGUUGACCUGGAAAGGAGACCGCAGGUUCAUGUGGGUCCUCUUAUCUACAAGGUUGCAGAAUACCACCAGAAACAGGUAUCUUUCUGUUUAUAUUCGCAGAUUUCAUCUUUGCAGCCAGUUUUGUCCCUCAAUCCUCCACUCCGCUCUCUUAAAUUCUACUAAGACUUUGGGCAGAACUGUUAUACAAUGUUUCAUUGGAUUUGGCAGAUUUCCUGUUAAUCUCCGCCAUUAAUUUGGACCAAAUAAAUGAAAAUAUGUUUUUAUUUAUUGCAGGAACUUACACCGGCUCCAGUGUUUCCUCUGAUUGUUGGAGUGUCUGUCAUCGCCUUGUUCAUCAGCAUCCCAAGGUACGUCUAAAGAGAGAUUUGAUGAAAUCGUCUCUACUUAGAUGUGUCAAUGCGCCAGUCUUGCUGGGUUUCAAAGUGAAAGCCCAUACAGAAAGCCCUUUUUUUUCACAUUUGUCCAUCUCACGUUCAUCCAAGUCAUCCCCUGCUCUCUCUCUCUCUCUCUCUCUCUCUCUACCUGUCUUGGGUAACUUCACUUGGUGGGGAAAAGAUGUGCAGGCUUGGGUUGACCUUGGGAAGGCCCAGUUCCAGGGUAGGGUUUUCUUUGGCUGAUCUUCUUGUGCUGAAUUCUUGCAGGUUGAAGGACCUCUAUCAGUACACAGUAGGGUUGACGCAGCUGGGGUCCACUGCUGCGGCUAGCAAGAAGGAUCCUUCUCGUAGACCAGUUUUGAAGAAAAGGGCAUCUUGA